AUGGCCCUGGCAGGGGACACUCCCUCCCACCGGACAUUCACCGGACACUCCCACGGUGACCGCUGGGGACACUCCCACCCACUGGACAUUCCCACGGUGACCGCUGGGGACACUCCCACCCACCGGACAUUCACCGGACGUUCCCACGGUGACCGCUGGGGACACUCCCACCCUCCGGACACUCCCACGGUGGCCGCAGGAGUUUCCCACGGUGGCCGGGGUGGGCCGGGGGGGUCGCGCUGCGGCCGCGGGUGUCCCACACUGACCAGGACUCCUGGACAAGGGGUCACACCCCGUUUUCCCACGGUGGCACGCGGGUCACGGAGGGUCCCGCUCCAUCCGGUGACAGGGACAUGCCACCCCCCCUCACCGAGACCUCUCCCCACAGGCUGCGCCAUCUGCCUCCAAGCCUCCGAACCCCUCCGGGGGGACGCCGAGGACGCCCCAAUGCCGUGGCCACCCCCGUCCACUCUGCCGGACGCCCCCUUCCCCAGCCGGACGCUGGCCGCGGUGGCCGCGGUGGCCGAAGCGCUGCUGACCCCCGCGUACUGGGCGCUGGACCGGCUGCUGGCGCUGCUGGUGCCCACCACGGCGCAGCGGGCGCGCUGGCGGCGGCGCCGGGCCGGGCAAUGCCUGGCCGUGGGCGCCCGGGCGCUGCUGGCACCGGCGCUGGCCCUGGCGCUGGCGCUGGCGCUGCCGCCGGCGCUGCUGGGGCUGCUGCUGUGGCUCCCGGCGCAGGCCAAGCGCCGGCCGUUCGUCCACCAGCACACGGCGGGCACGGCGGCGGCCGCGCCCUGGGACCCGCGGCGGGCGCGCGGCUUCACCUUCCUGACGGCCAACGUGUGCCUGCUGCCCAGCGGGCUGGCGCGCUUCAGCAACCUGGGCGAGACGCGGCGCCGGGCGGCGCUCAUCGGGCGGGCCCUGGCGGCCGGAGCGCCCGCGGAACCUGCCGGGCACCGGCGCGGGCUGCUGGGGCCGCGGAGGGGCCGCGGGUACGGGGGCACCGCGGCGCGGGGGCGCCCGGGUGGAGAUGCCGGGGGGGACGCGGGGAGGGUGGCCGGGCCGGCGGAGACGGUGGGUGGCACGGUGGGACGGGCGGAGAUGGCGAUGGCCAACCCAACGCCGAUGACCAACCCAACUCCGAUGACCAACCCAACGCCGAUGACCAACCCAAGCCUGGGAGCCGCUCCGUGCCCGACGUCCAGCCCGGGGCCGGAGCGGCCGAUCCCGCUGGCUGACCCCAUGCCGCCGGUGCUGAGCGCCCGCAUCCCGCCCGACGUGGACUUCGUGUGCCUGCAGGAGGUGUUUGACGGCGCCGCGGCCGCCGCGCUGCGCCGGCAGCUGGGGCGGCGCUUCCCGCACGUGCUGUGGGGCGUGGGCCCGGGCGGGCUGCGCGGCGGGCGGCUGCGGGCGCUGGGCAGCGGGCUCCUCCUGGGCAGCCGCUUCCCGCCGCUGGCCGCCCGCUUCCUGCCCUUCCCCAACGCCGCCCGCGAGGACGCGCUGGCCAACAAGGGGCUGCUGGUGGCGCAGGUGCUGUUGGGGAUGGGGAGAGGCCGGCGCGUCGUGGGGUACCUGGGCUGCACCCACCUGCAGGCGCCCGCGGCCGAUGCCGCCAUCCGUGACCAGCAGCUCUCCUGGGUGCUCCGGUGGCUCCGCGAGUUCCGCGAUGAGCAGCACCGCCCGGGGGACCUGGUGGCCUUCGAUGUCCUCUGCGGGGACCUCAACUUCGACAACUGCUCCCGAGGUGACAGCCAGAACCGGCGGCACGCCCUGUUCAAGGAGUUCUGGGACCCCGCGCGCCGCGACUCGGGCCAGGAGCAGCCCUGGGCCAUCGGGACGCUGCUCAACUACCUCAGGAUCUACGAGGAGCCCGUGUCCACCCCUGAGGAGAUGAGGAGGACCCUGUCCGAGCCAUGGGGACGCGAGCGGUUCCUGGCCGGUCCCAUCCUGUCCUGCGGGAGCCUGGACCCGAUGGCCGCGCGGCCGUGGCAGGGCCGGAGAGUGGACAGAGCGCUGCUGAGGAGGGGGCCCACGCUGACCACUGAGGUCACCGGCUACUCGGUCAUCACCGAGCUGGCCACAAUGUCUGACCACCUGCCCGUGGCCCUGCGGCUGCGCCUGGGGCCCGCCGACCUCUGACCCCGGCACGGACACGGCGCUGGACACCGGGAGGGACACCGGGAUGGACACGGCUCAGAGCUGAGAGUGUGGCCACGCUCUGGACACCGGGAUGGACACUGGGAUGGACACGGGGAUGGACACUGGGAUGGACACGGCUCAGAGCUGAGAGUGUGGCCACGCUCUGGACACCAGGCUGGACAUGGGGCUGGACACCUGGCUGGACACUGGGAUGGACACGGGGAUGGGCACGGGGAUGGACACUGGAUGGACACGGGGAUGGACACUGGGAUGGACACUGGGAUGGGCAUGGGGAUGGACACAGGGAUGGACACGGGGAUGGACACUGGG